AGUACGGAAACACUGAUAAGUGCAACGACAUAAACGACAUCCAACAUGUGGGCUGUAUUAUAUCACAGAAUUUCAGCUCUGGUGAAUAUCCUGUUCCCCAUAAUGCUAAAUAAUUCCACCGUGGUUCAAACAACGCCAUCCUCCAUGAUUGAAGACAGUACUGAAUCCCAUGUCACAAACACAACAAUGGCAUCAUUCGAUCCUGGCGUCCAGGAACGUUCUAUGUUGGCCAAGAUUGUCGGGUUUAUUUGCUUCUUCUCUUUGACAGCUACCGGCGUGGUGGGAAAUUCCUUGGUCAUCUACACAAUAUUUACGGACUUUACACUACAAAUAAAAACCCAGUUGUCGAACAUGCCCAUUUUGAGCUUGGCCUACAUUGACUUGAUAACGACAGGGAUAUGCUCCAUGCUCGGAGCUGCAUCCAUUGUUUAUGAUGAGUAUCCCUUUGGAAAAAUAGUUUGUGGAAUUUGGGCAUACGUCAAUCUCCUCGGGCUAAUUACCACAAUUGGCAUCUUGGCCGUGAUCAGCGUUGACAGAUUCAUUGUGGGUCGCUAAGUAGAGUUUAUUUUGAAAAAUCACAUUUCAACUAUCGUUACUCGUUCCAGGCUGUCGGAUGGUCGUUACAUUAUCCGCAAAUGGUAACCUACAACAGAAUAGCGGCGGGAUGCGGUUACGUUUGGGUUAUGUGUCUGGCCGUCUCUGUCGUGUGGGUUUCUACAGAGUACGGCUAUGAUUUCUGGGCUGGCGUGUGUGACGUGACAUGGGCCAAUUUCGGACCGGACUUUCCACGCGAAUUCUAUUUCGCGAUUGUCUGCGCCUUCAUCUACGUGUUUAUUCCCUCCGCCAUCAUUCUCGCUUGCAACCUUCUGAUCAUUCAAUUCUCAAAGGAGAAAGGUCAUGCUGCCACCGCGGGUUCGGAUGGAAAGCAGGAUGCAAAGUCAAAGGCAAACUCGAAGGUUUUGAAGGCCAUGAUAAUCGUCAUCUUAUCUUUUUUCACGCUCACAUUCCCAUCCGCACUUAUCAAGAUCCUCAAAGUCAUUGGUGGGAAAGAUGGACCAGUAAAAUAUAUUCCCAAUAUUUUCACCACUUUCACCACUUUUCUGCAGCUCUCAGCCUCCAUCGUAAAUCCAUUUAUUUAUGGACUCUUUCGUAAAGAUUUUCGCGAUGCAUAUGCAAAACUCUGGAAACAAAUGAAACAAGCAUUGAACUUAAAGUGAGCUGAGAAGAGGUUUUUAUUCAACUUUAAUAAAAAGCAGGCUAAAAUAACACGACUCGAAACUACAUACCUACCUAAAUUGUUGCAAAAACGGAAUAAAAUUUGACUUAUUAUUACUAUGCUUUGCCACUUAA